AUUGUAUCACACCAUAUUCAGUUCUUAAUGAAGUAAUGGAAGAUGAGCCAUUGAUUCAACGAGAGCAUUUGAGAAAGCUCCAGAAAAUUCAAACACAGUUCGACGAUGCCUUCGAAGGUAUUCGUAGUGUUUAUAAAAUAAGAAUAGAAAGAACUUCUCUUACUGACCGAGAAAUCAGUCGUAAUAUAGCUGAUUUAAAAAAACAACUUGGGGCAUGUUCUUCUCCAUUUGCUGAAGAAUUACAAAUAGAGCUAAACAACUUGGGAGAAUCCACUAGCUACUGGGGACCCAAACAGUCUUUUAUGAAACUCAAACAGCGAAUGCAAGUUCAAACACCUUCCAACAUACAAAAUAUAUGUAAUAAUUUUGCUGAAAAUUUUCAUAAUGAUAACGUAGAAGCUUUACCACCGAAGUUUUCUCAUAAUAGUACAUGGAAGGAAAGAGAGGAGGUGUUAUCAGAUAUUACCGAAGAAAUUCUCUAUUCCUUAGGUGAUAUUUGGCGAAAUCCUGCCUUCGACGCAGAGUUUGCAGAAGGUCAAAGUGAAGGUACAUACAUAACAGAUGUAAUAAUGCCCCUUAUUCGAAGUGCAUUAAAAAAACUUCCGACCAAAAAACAUGCUUUUCUCAGCACGGCUGAAAGACAAAGCUUAGCCAGUGCUGAUAGAAGUGCAGUUGAUGGAAAACAGGGUAAACGUCCUGAUAUUAUGCUUAUAGAAAAGCAUCAUGAGAAGCUACAUGAACUUCUAUUCGCUGAAUGUUCUCGCCUGAUUUGUAAUGAUAAUAAGAAAAAAGAGGAUGAAGUAAAAUUAUGGCGAGAAAUGAACGACGGAAUGUAUUAUGUUCACAAAACCUAUAGAGAUGACAUCCAUCGACUUUAUCAUUUAUGUUCUGUUAAAAUUCCGGUAAGGCCAUGUAAUGGUAAUGAUGUAUUACGUUUUGUAGAAGCACUUUUACUUCUACGAAACAUCUUGAUUGUCAAUCUAUCUUUAUUACAUCAUUCAUUAAAAAUCAAGUCCUCAAGAAAUAAGCGAAAAAGUUCCAAUGUAACUAGUGAUGAUGAAAACUAA